AUGGCCCCUGGAAAGGUCGUGUCCAGGAGGGAUCCCAGAGCGUGGGAUAACCUCGCGCCGCCGCUCGCGGAAUGGAUCUUGGACGCUGUGUCAACCAUGGGAUUUUCCCACAUGACGCCUGUCCAGGCCGCUACCCUGCCGCACUUUAUGGGCAACAAGGAUGUCGUGGUUGAGGCCGUCACCGGCAGUGGUAAAACAUUAUCCUUUUUAAUCCCAACCGUCCAAAAGAUUUUGCGCCUCGAGGAGCCAACCAAAAAACACCACAUCGCCGCCAUCAUUGUCUCGCCCACAAGAGAGCUCGCUGCUCAGAUUCACUCAGUUCUCCUGUCAUUAUUAGCAUUCCACCCGCCAUCUGCGGAGAUACUACCGCAUCUCCAGGCCGACGAGAAACGGCCCUCGACCACAACUCCGGUCAUUGUACCCCAACUACUCGUCGGAGGCACGACCUCUACAGCCCAAGAUCUGACUUACUUUAUCCGCCAUAGCCCAAAUGUUCUGAUAUCUUCACCUGGGCGACUGGUUGAGCUGUUGUCCUCGCCGCAUGUCCAUUGCCCCCAGUCUUCGUUCGAGAUGCUUGUCCUUGACGAGGCAGAUCGACUGCUUGAUCUGGGGUUUAAACCUGACCUUCAGAAAAUCAUUUCGCAUUUGCCCAAGCAGCGACGUACUGGUUUGUUUAGCGCCAGUGUCAGCGAAGCAGUCGGCGAAAUUAUUCGAGUCGGCCUGCGAAACCCCGUCAAGAUUGAGGUUCGAGUCAAGAUGAGGGAUGGUGGAUUAUUGCAAGAUAGAAAAACACCGGCCAGUCUGCAAAUGGCCUAUCUCAUCUUACCAGCGACGCAAAAGUUGCCGGCAUUGGCGCAGCUUCUUGGAAAACUACCAAUCACCCCGCAAAGGACCAUUGUCUUCCUAUCUACGUGUGCAGCCGUCGACUACUUUCAACACGUCCUGCCGUGUCUCCUUCCGGUCGAGUUUUCAUUAAUAUCGCUACAUGGAAAACACCCGGCCAACGUGCGGGAGAAGAACUUCAACAGGUUUUUGAACUCUGUAUCUCCCACCGUUCUUCUGACGACAGAUCUGGCGGCUCGUGGUCUCGAUAUCCCCCAGGUCGAUCUAGUGGUGCAAGUCGAUGUACCCUCUGAUCCCAAAGUGUUCAUCCACCGAAGUGGAAGAGCUGGACGCGCGGGACGAAAAGGACUCGCCGUCGUCAUGCUUCACCCCGGGCGGGAAGAAGAUUACGUGCGAUUCCUGGACAUUCGCAAGACGCCAAUCACUCCAUUGGAGAAACCGCAAAUCGCUAUAUCGGAACAAGAUGCCACCGAUGCCGUAGAUCAAAUACGCAAGUUGGCCAAGACAGACAGAGCAAUCUACGACAAAGCACAAAAGGCGUUUGUGAGCUGGGUGCGAAGUUACGGCGCGCACCAAGCAACUUCAAUAUUCCGAGUCUCUGAUCUCGAUUGGGAAGACUUGGCAAAGGCAUGGGGGCUGCUCAGGAUGCCCAGGAUGCCAGAGCUCAAGAAUUGGAAGGGCGACAAGACGCUUGGUGUGGAAAUGGACUGGGACACAUUUGCAUACAAGGAAAAGACGCGCGAAAGGGCAAGGGUAGAAGCCAUUGAGGCCGCAAAAAAUGAUGUGGAUGCCGACAAGAGGGACGACAAGAAGCGCAAGAGGAAGAAUGAGGCGUGGAGCGGCAAGCACCAGAAACAGGAGCAGCGCAACGAGAGGCGCGAGAAGAGACACAGGAAGAAAGAGGCCGAGAAGGUGGCCAACAUGACGGACAAUGAAAGGUUGGACAAGAUGAAACUAGACGACCUCAUCAGGCAGGUCAGAGCGCAGAACUGCACAGAGGCCGCGUCAAGAGAUGACGAGUUUGAGGGCUUUGACGAUUAA